AUGACGAACCCUACUCCUGGCCUUUCGGCCCUCGUCGACCUCAUCGACUCCCUCCCCGACCUGGGUGCCACCUGGGGCCCCGCCGUCACCACCGAGACCACUCUGAAUGGCGUCCCCUACGCCCCCUACUCCAAGGGCGAUAAGCUCGGUCGCAUGGCCGACUGGACUGCCGACUCCAAGGACGGCCGUGACGGUCGCGGUGGUCGCCAGCAGUACAACAGGAACUUCCGUGACCAGCAGAUUUACGGUGCCGGUUCCACCUCCAUCUUCGCUCCCCCCGUCGCCGAGGACGAGUCUUCCUUCUCCGUUGUCUCUAACGUCAGGGAUACUGGCAAGACCCGCUUCGGUCGUGGUGCUGUCUUCACUAGAGGCCGUGGCCAACGCGGUGGUGCUGGUGCCCAGGCUGGCAGGGGUGGUGGCCGUCAGACCUUCCAGAGGACAGGUCGCGGUGGUCAGCAGUACGGCGGUGGCUUUGACGGUGGCCGUGGUGGCCGCGGUAACACCGGUGCGCGCGGUCGUCGCUUCGGCUGGAAGGAUUAUGACAAGCCCCAGCGCAACCGUGAUGCUUCGAUCAACAUCAAGGGUGACUGGAAGCUGAUUGAGGAGAUCGACUACAACCGUCUUGGCAAGCUCAACCUCGAGACCGACGAGGGUGAGGAUGUCGAUGACUACGGCUUCCUCUACGCCUACGACCGCUCCUACGACAAGCCCGUCGUCAAGAACGCCGAGCGCAGGCUCACCGCUAUCGACCGUGCUGCCUACAAUGUCACCGCCUCUUCCGACCCCGUCAUCCAGGAGCUCGCCGAGAAGGACGAGGCCACCAUCUUCGCCACCGACAGCACCCUCUCCAUGCUCAUGUGUUCUCCCCGCUCCGUCGCCCCUUGGGAUAUCGUUAUCUCCCGCCAGGGCAACAAGGUCUUCUUUGACAAGCGCGACAACGCCGCUCUCGACCUUGUCACCGUCAACGAGAACGCCGCCGAUGCGCCGCUCGAGGCUUCCGAGGGUUCCAAGGAUGGCAUCAACCAGCCCCACGCCCUUGCCGAGGAGGCUACCUUUAUCAACCACAACUUCGCCAACCAGGUUGUCGUCGAGAGCGAGUCCGACAAGGUCAACAUGGCCCACGAGAACCCCUUCUACAACGCCUCCGAGGAGAACGUCCCCCCUGCCUCCAAGGCCUACAAGUACCGCCGCUUCGACCUCUCCACCAGCGAGGAGGAGUCCGUCUUCUUGGUUGUCCGUACUGAGAUCGACGCUGUUCAGAAGAACGCUACCGACGGCAAGAACCAGCUCGUCACCGUCCACGCUCUCAACGAGUGGGACAGCAAGGCCCAGGGUGCCGGUGGUGCCCUCGACUGGAGGACUAAGCUCGUUUCUCAGCGUGGUGCCGUUGUCGCUACUGAGAUGAAGAACAACAGCUGCAAGCUCGCCAGGUGGACUGUCCAGUCCAUCCUCGCCAAGGCCGAUGUCAUGAAGCUUGGUUUCGUCUCCCGCGUCAACCCCAAGGUCAACGACAAGCAUGUCAUUCUCGGCGUUGUUGGCUGGAAGCCCAAGGACUUCGCCAACCAAAUGAAUCUCUCGCUCUCCAACGGCUGGGGUAUUGUCCGCACCAUUGCCGACAUGUGCCUCAAGUCCGAGUCUGAGGACACCAAGUUCGUCCUCGUCAAGGACCCCAACAAGAACAUCCUCCGCCUGUACGAGGUCCCUGCCGGCAGCCUCGACGAGGAGGUUGAGGAGUUGGAGGAGGUCCAGGAGGAGGCUGAGGAGGCUGAGGAAUAG